AUGGAUGGUAAAUUUAAUGAGAUUUCAGGAGUUUUAAGCUCAUAUGUAGAGAAUGCAUGUCCCGGCAGAGAAGCAGGAGAGAUUUUUAUGCCGAAGAUAGAACAACCAAAAGCUCAGGAUCAAUCUAUUGAUGUAAUAGAACAAUCAUCAGAUUCAUUAGGAAGUACACAUCAUACUCAACUUGGGUCUUCAAGUGAUACUCAACCUAAAGGAUCUAACAUAGCAGAUAGGAAGAAAGCAAGAAGGAUGAGUAUUAGCAAUAGAAAAUUACUUAUUGCGGCAAGUGAAGCCAAUUUGGAAGAAGUAGAUCACUUUAUAAAAGUAGGGGUGGAUGUUAAUUUUAAAGAUAGAGAUGGUAACACACCUCUACAUUGGGCAGUUGAGAGUGGUGAUUUAAAGGUUGUUAAGCUGCUUUUAAGUAAUGGAGCAAUAAACAUAGAGAAUAAAAAAAAUGAAACUCCAAUAGACCUUGUAAAACUUCUUAACAGGCAAGAUAUCCUCAAAAUCUUAGAAGCGUCAUUAGAUUCGAAAUCACAAACACAAUCUCAACCUCAGCAUGGAAAACUGCCAGACAAGCAUGACAUUGCACUUAAACAUGUAGUAGGUCAAUUUUUAGGUAAAAAUAUUAACCAAAUAUCUUUAGCAUCAAUAGAACAAGUACAAUCCCGACGAAGAAAUGAGAAUGCUAACAUAGAUACUCAGAGCAAACAAGAAAAACGAGUAAACCCAGUUCAUGGUAAUAUUUAUCAAUUAAAGGUAUUAAUGCUAUUCUUGUAUCGUGGAGUCUCUCACAAGUAUUCAUUUCGAUUAGGUACAGAAAUAAAAGAAGCUAAAAAGUUUGAUGACUUGGUGUUUGAAUAUACCCAAGGUGAUAAGAAAGUUUAUCGACUUUUGCAAGCUAAACAUAAGUUAGAUGAGACUAAAAAAAUUACGGCAGGUAGUUUAUUUAUGGAAAGUGGUGGUGAUUAUAGCUUAAUAAAAUACUUCCUUUCUUAUAAAGACUCCAAAAAAGAAAAAUUAUUUAAAGAUGGUGCAAUAAAAGACGUUACUAUUUGUACUAACAUUGAUUUGGAUUUUGAAAACUUGAAAAGUGCACAAAUUAGAGUUGAGAGGAUAGAAGAUAAAGAUGAUAUUUUUAAUGUAAAAAGUGAUAAAAAGCGGCCUAUGCGCUAUAGAUUCAGUGAAGACGUUGUUCCUUUGUUAAAAUUAAAAUUACAGGAUUAUAGUCGAACUAGAUUAGCAAGAACGGCUGAGUGUUCCGAUGACGAGAUAAAAGACUUUUUAAAUCAUCUUGUGUUUGCUGUAAAUCAGCCUAAUGAAGAAGAGCUAGGUGAAAUUGUUAAAAAAGAAAUAGGCAAAGAAUUGGAUUUUAUUACUACAGAAAAUAUAUACAACAAAUUUUUUAUAACAAUGUUGAAUUGGUUACAAGGUAAAGAGAGAGGUAUGUUUCUUUCUUAUGAGGAAGGGAAAGAGUUCUUUGAAGAAGCAAGAAGAGGAAUCCCCAUUUGGUUUGGUGUAAGAGAUCCGGUAGAAUCAUUUAUUGGAAGAGCUGAGCAAUUGGAUAAUUUACACAGAGUAUUGAAAGGUGAAGAAAAAACUGUAAUGCCGCAGGUUAUUUCCAUAAGUGGUCUUGGUGGAGUAGGUAAAAGCGAGUUAGCUAAAAAGUACAUCAAUAAAUACAGCCAACAUUAUGAUAAUAAGGUUGUAUGGAUAAAUGCUGAAAGCUAUCAAACUCUCGUAGAAUCUUUUCGUAGAUUAGCUUGUGAUAAGUUGAGAAUUAGCACAAAGAAUGCGAAUGGUGAAGAAAAGAAAAUAAGCUCAAUAAUUGAAGACGUGUAUACAUUUUUUUCUAAUGGAAAAAGUAUUUUUGUUUUUGAUAAUGCUGAAGAAUAUAAAUGUCAAAAUGAGUUUCAUCAUGGCAUUGACAAAUUUUUACCUUCUGUACCUUCUAAUUAUAAUAUGCCAUAUGUUUUAAUUACCUCUCGUAAUCAAAAAUGGCCAAAGAAUAUAAAAGUAUUACCGUUGAAUUCAUUCAAUGAAGAAGAGGCAAUGGAGUUUGUAAAGAAAUCGCUCAACAUAGAAAACGAUACACAGGAAAAGGAUAUUAAAGAAUUAUCAAAGGAGCUACAGCUUUUCCCUCUAGCAUUGCAACAAGCAGUAGCAUACAUAAGAGUGCAGGAUGAAAACUUUAGAAAUGUUGGAUCAGAGUUCAAAAUUAGUAAUUACCUAGAAAGGAGCAGAGAAAAAACAAGAGAGCGCCUUAAUUUCGAGUUUCCAGAAAACAGCGAUAAUGAUUAUACAAAAACAAUAUUUACAACUUGGAAUGUUACUUUAGAUGCAAUAAGGCAAAAAAAGAAUGGUAAUGAUGCUUUAGAAAUUUUAAAUAUUAUAUCUUAUUUAGCUCCCGAAAAUAUUCCUAUAGAUAUAAUUUUAAGCUUAGAAAGCGAUGAAGAAAAACUAGGUACCGCUAUUGAAUUAUUAAAGCAAUACUCAAUGGUUAAUUUAGAACAUGGAAAGCUAAACAUGCAUAGGUUAGUACAGCAAACAACAAGAAUAAAGUUAAAAGAGCAGAAUAGAGAAGAAGAGAUUUUAAAAAAAGUUCUAAAAUUAUUUAACAAAGACAAUUUUGGUUCAAAAAUUGUAGACCAUGCUAUAACUGUUUGGAAUUAUUCAAGCAAAUAUAAUGAAUUAGUAAAAGAGUUUGCUCAUCUUUCAUGUUAUAUUAGCCUUGAGCUCAUCGACAGCGUCAGGUUCGAGGAAGCAUAUUUAUUUGGAUCAAAGGUAUCAGAGCUAUUAAGUGCAUUGCCAUUAGAUGAUCCUAACGUUCUAGUUGUUCGUUUAGCAACAGAUAACAAUAUAGCUGGAGCACUUCUACGUCAGGGUAAAUACGACAAAGCUCUGAAAACUUUUCAAGAGCUUUAUAACACCCUAAAAGCUAUUUUCGGACCAUAUCAUCCUGCACCUUUAAAAAUAAAACAUAAUAUAGCUAAUGCGCUUUCUAAACAAGGUAAAUGUAAUGAAGCUUUGAAGUAUUAUCGAGAAAUACUUGGUAUUAGUAAAAUCAUGUUAGGGGAGAGUCAUCUUGAUAAUUUAUCAACCAAACAUAGUAUAGCAUCAAUACUUCUUUCUCAACAUAAGUAUGAUGAAGCUUUACGAAUGUUUCAGGAGAUAUGUAAUAUCCAAAGGGCUACUUUAGGAGAAAAGCACUCUCAAACGUUGCUUACGAAAAAUAGCAUUGCAGAAGUGCUCUUUAAUCAAGGUAAAUACAAUGAAGCAUUACCGAUGUUUCAAGAGAUACUUGACAUUGAAGAAGCUACUUCGAAAAAAAAUCAUCCUGAUAGUCUAUGCACAAAGAGUAAUAUAGCAACAAUACUUGUACAGCAAGGUAAAUACAGUCAUGCUUUGCAGGUUUUCCAAGAAGUACUUAAUGCUGAAAAAGUGGUUCUUGGAGAAAAUCAUCCUGAUGUUUUAUUGACUCAUCGCAAUGUUGCAGAAGUACUGCGAAUGCAAGGCAAAUGUGAUAAGGCCUUAGAAAUUUUCCAGGAGGUUUUUAAUAAACAAGAAAGAAAUCUAGGCCCUGAUCAUCCUCAGGUCUUAUUAACACAGUUCAGCAUAGCAAGCAUACUUCAAAUCCAAGGUAAAUAUGGUGAUGCUUUGGAAGUUUAUCAAGAAGUAUUAAGUAAGAGAAAAGUCAUUUUAGGUAAUGAUCAUCAUGAUACUUUAAAUGUACAUAAUAGCAUUGCUUUAAUAUUUUCAAGGCAAGGAGAAUAUGAUAAAGCUCUUCAACUCUAUCAGGAAAUACUUGAGAUUCAAAAAACUAACUUAGGAGAAAAUCACCCUACCACUUUAGCUAUAAAAGCUAACAUAGGUAUGGCACUUAGUAAUAAAAAGGAAAAUGAUAAAGCCUUACAAAUUCUUCGGGAGGUUUAUAGCACGUUACAAACAUUACAUCCUGGCCAUCAUGUAACGUUGACGGGCAAUAGCUUAGAAAAUGUAAAAAACUUGGUUAAAAAUGGUGGAGAUGUUAAAACUAAGGAUAAUGAUGUUAACAAUGGUAAUUUAGAAAUUGUAAACAUUCUCUUGAAACAUGGAGCUGAUGUCACUCAAAUUACUAAUAAGGGUAAUACGCCGCUUCAUAUUGCUACCUCUAAAGGCUACGAAGAAAUUGUCAAAGCUUUGCUUCAGCAUGUAAGUCAUGAUAAACUAAAUAAUUUUAUUGAUGCCAAAACUAUUUCUGGUGGUAGUACAUCACUUCAUGUUGCAGCUAAGAAUGGUUUUUUAGAUAUUGUCAAAUUUUUACUGAAGCAUGGUGCAACUUAUAACAUUGAGAAUAAAGAACGUAAAAUACCUAUUGAUCUUUCUAAUUACCACAACGUUACAAACUUACUGAAGCUAGUUGCAGAACUGUUUGAAGAUGCAAAAAACGGCAAUAUUGGAAUCAACAGCAAGUUGAAAGCAGUUAAACACGAUGAGAUUGAAGCUAUAACAAAUGCUCGUAAUAAUCAAGGAAAUACGUUAUUGCAAGUUGCUGUAGUUAAUAAACAUAGGAAUAUUGCGAGUACUAUACAAUCAUUACCAAUGGCAGCUAACAAUUUAUUGAUUGCUGUAAAGGGCAAUAGCUUAGAAAAAGUAGAAAACUUAGUUAAAAAUGGUGGAGAUGUUAAAACUAAGGAUAAUGAUGAUAGAACACUACUGCAUUACGCUGUUAACAAUGGUAAUUUAGAAAUUGUAAACAUUCUCUUGAAACAUGGAGCUGAUGUCACUCAAAUUACUAAUAAGGGUAAUACGCCGCUUCAUAUUGCUACCUCUAAAGGCUACGAAGAAAUUGUCAAAGCUUUGCUUCAGCAUGUAAGUCAUGAUAAACUAAAUAAUUUUAUUAAUACCAAAACUAUUUCUGGUGGUAGUACAUCACUUCAUGUUGCAGCUAAGAAUGGUUUUUUAGAUAUUGUCAAAUUUUUACUGAAGCAUGGUGCAACUUAUAACAUUGAGAAUAAAGAACGUAAAAUACCUAUUGAUCUUUCUAAUGACCACAACGUUACAAACUUACUGAAGCUAGUUGCAGAACUGUUUGAAGAUGCAAAAAACGGCAAUAUUGGAAUCAACAGCAAGUUGAAAGCAGUUAAACACGAUGAGAUUGAAGCUAUAACAAAUGCUCGUAAUAAUCAAGGAAAUACGUUAUUGCAAGUUGCUAUAAUUAAUAAACAUAGAAAUAUAUCGAGUAGGUUGUUAGAGUUAUUAAAAAAAUCUGAUCAAAAUGUGGAAAAUGUUAAUAUAGAAAGUGGGUUAGACGUUUAAAAUUUUAGGUAAUAGCUUGGUAAGCUAUAACAGUCAAUAAAUUUUCUGUUUCUUAAUUUGAAUGAUUUGAUGGCUGCCUUCCGCUCUAUCUUUUUUCAUGGCCGAUUUGGAUGCCUCUUUUUCUACAACCCUAACACCAUCAAAUUUACGCCACUAUCAACUAUCUUAUCUUAUUCUUGGUGAAUUGAUCAGGUGAGGAAGCAGUAUUACGUCUACUUCCUUUCUUUAAAACGCAGCAUACAGGCUUUCCCGCACUACGGUUGAGCAUAUUUAAAUUCUUCUUUUCUCGAACCGGCUUGUCUUUCAUAAAUUCUCAGAACACAUCAACUAUAGUGUUGAUACUAAUAGUAGAGAAUCUCUUCUUGAAUCCAUCCGCUCUGAUUUUAACAUGUCUUCUGAUAGAUAUAUGAAUCAGCUAAAGCAGUCUUAAAUACCGUAUCUUUUUUGGUUUGUUCUUGCAUAUGGGUGCAGCAAAGACCCAUUGGCAUUGACUCAUUACUUUGACGUAACGAUUCUUUAUCCAAUAUGAUUCCUUACGUGGAUGUCUUUUCUUUCCCCAUUUACAUAAACUAUGCCAAAUUUCAUUGUUGAUCUUUCUAAACGCUUCGUAAGCACACACAUGGUGAUAGUAAUUUCCCCAUCCUCUCAGUAGAGAGUUGAGUAACUUAAUUACUAUAAUAGAAUGAGUGUUCGCUAUAUUUGCUUUUAUCAAUAUACGUGUUUUAUUAAGAAGUCUUUUAAUACUUUCUUUCGAAG